AUUGAAAAUGAAAGAGAAGAGAGUCAAUAACAAUCCAAAUCCAUUUAUGUGGUCGCUAGGGCUCAAUCCCAAGGUGUCAAGCUCCAAAUGGAUCAAUUAUUUAGUUGCUUACCGGGCUAUUGCUCUACUGGCGGAUUGCGGAGUAUUGGGAGUAGUGCAGAUUGCAGACAACAGUCGACGGUCAACAAACAAGCGGUCGUGGAGGCGGGGUUCGGUGGUGCGGCAGCGCCGUGGCGGGCUGGUGCUUGUGGUUGGCGGUUCGCAGGCUCGGUCAAGCGGAGCUUCGUCUUUCCGACUUCCUCCGCGACUCUGCGUUCUUCUUUCUAUUUCUUCAGAUUUUGGAGCUGGGCUGGCAGAUUAGUACGAAGUAAUACAGAGUACUAGUUCUUUUUGGGCCCUCCAAAACUUUGGGCCCUGUGCAGCUGCACAUGGAAGACAUGUCCUGGGCCGGCCCUGUCUCAGUGGGUAGAGACGAAUGUCUCCACAACCCGUAGCAGUUACGCCUCCAGGCACAAGGCAGACACGACGGACGUCGCCACACCUUGUCUAGGGCCACAUGAGAUAAAGCCCCAAGCUAACUAACGCACAUUUACACAAGGGUCAGAAGAUGUACGGCCCGCAACCCUUUGCAGAUAUUACCAAGGGCAAAUCCCAAGUUCGGGAGGACGCUCGUCUCCAUGAAUAGGCGGGAAACUAAUAUCUUGGCGGGAAGCGCAUUUAAUACUAGAGACUUGGUGGUUGAGGCUUCAGCCAUCUACAGCUCUCCACGUCAACAUAUUUAACUGUCCCUUGGUAGUAUAAAUAGUAACAUUUAUUUCAUUAUUGUAAGGGGUUGACAACUUACCCGGCCUUAGCAUUCUAGCAUUCAGAUAGCUCUUAGUUUAUUACUCGCAGCUCUUAUACUCGAGUGUGAGACGUACGGCCGUUGGCCUUAGCAUAAGUGCAGUGUAACGAGG